GUAAUUUUAAAAAAUCUUCAUUCACAAUCUUUCAAGGUACCCUUCUUGAAUACAGAGAAAUAAGAAACACAUUUUUGGAUCACGUCACGAGGAAUUAUAGACCUAUGAAGUAGUCAUUUUGGGCUAUUUUAUAAUCAGGCACAAUUGAAAACUGCUGAUGAUAAACAUUUCUCAUUUUUACACUCUACCUCAAUGCAUUUCCAACGUCGAUUGUGGUGAAAAACUCGCUUGUAUCGACCUAAAAUGUCAAGAUCCAUGUCCUGGACCCUGCCAUGGUAACGUCACCUGUGAGGUCCUUGAUCAUGUACCGUACUGUUCCUGCAAGCCUGGCUUCUCCGGCAGCCCCUUCACUAGCUGUCAGCGAGCUUCACCAGGAAACUGUUCAACAACUGGUAUAAAAGUGUACAAGGUGGAGCGUUUCAUUAAGGUCAACUGGUUUGCUGCGAUAGUUCAUUGCCAGUCACACGGGUGGAGGUUAGCUACAAUAGAUUCCAAGGAGGAGAAUGACUUGAUCAAAGAAGAAAUCCGUAAAACAAGAAUACGAAAUAAUCGGUUCUGGACUUCCGGUACAAAUUAUGCCCAUGGACAUUGGAUCUGGAUGGUUUCUGGGAUGCCCCUGCCAGAGAGUACGGACUGGGAGCCUGGUGAACCUAACAAUGCUGGGGAUGAACACUGUAUCGAGUUCUAUGAGAAGAAUGGAAACGGCUACAUGUGGAAUGAUAGAGGUUGUUUCGAUGAGAUAUAUCCGAUAUGUGAAUCUUUUGAAUAGGAUCAUUAUGAUAAGUCUGCUUUUUAUUUUGGUUAGGAAUUACAAAUUUGUUACCUUUCAAA